AUGUUUCCUUUUUGUCCUUCUGGCCACCAGGAGACGCUGGAGAGUGUGAAGAAGUGCAAGAACUUCCUGGUGACGCUCAUGAAGCUGGCCUGCAGCGACUCCAAGUCUGCCAACAUGGCCAACAACGUGCGAGGCCUGGUCAGGGGUCUGCUGGAAGGCAGGAUGGAGGCGGAGGAGUUCACCGAGGCGCUCUAUCGGGAACUCAAGUCCACGCCGCAACCCUGCUUGGUUCCCUUCCUCAAAAAAAGUCUCCCCGCAGUGCGUCGCCUUACCGCAGACCCUCAAGUAUUCAUCCAGCAGGCCUGCUCCUCGUCGUCCUCAUCCUCGUCUUCGUCGUCCUCCUCCUGCUCUUCCUCCUCCUGCCCCCCUACCGCGAAAAAGCCCAACGUGAACCCGGCUCCAAGGGGGCUCUCCAUGACGCAACCUUUUGCUCGAGAUCAGCCGUGCUCCUCCGCAAGACUUGCUUUCAGGGACACUUCGGCCUCAUACAAAGAAGAUGAUGACAUUAACGACGUGGCGUCCAUGGCCGGCGUCAACCUGCGCGAGGAGAACGCUCGGAUCCUGACCAGCGCGGUGGGCUCCGUGGUGCAGUCGUGCCAGGAUCAACUCUUCCUGUCUCCCGGUCCCGUGCUGGGCCGCAUCCUGUGCACGGGACGCCCGCUGGGGGUGACCCAAGUGGGCCCGGAGGCGGUGGCUCUGGUUUCUCACGCCGCUCAGGAAUAUCUCCGCGGCCUUCUUGAGAAGCUCAGCGUGAUGGCGGAACAUCGCAAGGCGGCGCUGAAGGAGGACCCGUGGCACGCCAAAGUGAAUGACGUGCGCUCGCAGCUGCAUUUUCUAGAGGAGGUGGACACUUUGAGGAAGAAGAGGAAAGACGAAGAGGAGAGGGACAGGAUGAUGCGAUUGGCCAGGAGUCGCUCACACACCGAAGAUCCGCUGCUGCAGCAGCUGAAGCAGCGAGCCAAAGAGUUGCAACAAAUGGAAGAGGCUCAGCUGCAGAAGCGAGAAGCCAACCUCACCGCUCUGGCGGCCAUCGGCCCCAGGAAGAAGAGACCGCUCGGCAACGUGGAAGGCCCCGCGUCGCUGGCGCCCAGGCAGGCCGUCCAUCGCGUGAGUCGGGUGAUGCUUCGUGACCUGCUGGUGUGUAUGGAGCAAGACCACUUCCUGCGACGCUCUCUCACCUUCUACAAAGCCAUGCUUUGACCGCUCCGGCCUGCUUCCAAUCUUUACGAUUUGAACCGUUUGAAGUUAUGAAUGCGGUUGGCGCCCCGAGAUACGAGUGGGAUUCGUCUCCCAAAACGCUCGUAUCACAAAUCAUCAUUCCCCAUUGAAAUGAAUGCAAUUGCCGUCGAUUCGUUUCGGCUCCCCCACCGACCCCCUUUUUUUUUUGUGUGUGUGUGACGAAAAAAAGUCAUGAUAAAAUGUGAUUCAGAAAAUAAUCGACUAUCUGCCACCCGUUUUUCACAGAGGAUAAAGAAUAUAUCCCCGUGAGUUGUUAAAAUGUAUCCAUGCCAAUGUAUAAUACUGUGAGUGUCGAUGCUAACUGUUAGCAUCUCAUAAGUUAACAUUAAAAAGAAAUGAAAUGUGCGUCUUCUGUCAAAGAUGUUUGUGUGUAAAUGUCAAAAUACACUUGCAGAUAUUCAACGAUUUUGUAAAAGUUGUUUCAGUUUUAAAAAAUUCUAUACAUAAAGAGAUAUAGCAUUCAGACCAUUGUCUUUUUUUUUUCCAAUCCAAUUCAAUUCUUAUCUUCUAUAUUGUUGAACAAGUGGGCGAUAUGUCAUCAAGAGUUUUUCAUCAGGGGAGGGGGGAAAGUGAAGCCCCCCCCCCCCACACACAAAUAGGUGAAUGUCCAGUUCCUGAAGAGUAUGUAGAGGUCUCCAUUAUUUUGAGCACAUCAAAGUAA